CUCUGUUGACGUUAUCGAGUGUUGUUAAAUUUAACCAUUUUUCCCUUCAUUGGUUUUUAUAACAAUUUUCUCCUUAACUAAAGCUAGGAAAAACGACAAAAAUGGUUGCUGGUGGCGCUUCAGAUACGGGUGGCGUCAAGCCCAUGACCAUAGCGGGUCGUAUGGUCCGUGAGCGCGAGCGUCUCAUUGGCAUGACCAAUGAUGAACGGGCCUGGCGCAAACAGUGGCUAAAAGAUCAGGAACUGCACCAUGGACCACGCAAAGUGCCUGCCCUGGAGUUGGAGCUAAACAAUCCCAUCAAGCGUUUCUAUCGCGCACCCCUGGACAAAUUGUGCAAUGUCUUGACACCGGUGCUGGGCUUCCAACGAGCCUACACAUUGCGCUUCUGGACCGGCAAGGCUCUGCUGGCGCUGACGGGAAUCUAUGCAGGAGCUUAUUACUUCAAAUAUAAUCAGAAUGAUUGGACUCGCAAGGGUGGAUGGCGUGUGAUAGCUUCCCGCAAAUCCUGUGUGCCCGGCGAUGAGGGUUAUCCCCGUGUCUCGGAUCGUUCUGCUCCUUCUGAUUAUGCGGCUCGCGGUUUCAAGCAAUCGCCCAUAUAAAUGGGGACAAGGAGUCGUUUCUUCUCCAUUUCUGUUGUUUUAGUUUGAAAUAAAUAAUAAUAAUAAUAAACAUGGAAAUCCACACACA